GGACACGUGACGUCAUCCGAUCGCGAAUCAGGAAAGCGAAGACAAACGUUGGUCGCGUUUCUCCUUCAAUGCGUGUGAAAAACACGUAAAACUAACAAGCUCAAAUCCUGGCGGUGUGAAGAAGAAUUGUAAGGCAAAGGAUGACGACAGACACCCGGAGAGAUCGCGCAUGUUUCUGAACAUCCGAAUUCCACUCUUGCUGCGCUUCUCCCUUACGCAAUGAGCUCCAGGCUGUGCAAGACCUGCGGGGGCGCAGACAUCGAUGUAGACCAGGCCCGGGGCAGCGCCGUGUGCACCGGCUGCGGUUCGGUUCUAGAGGACAACAUCAUAGUCUCCGAGGUCCAGUUUGUGGAAGGAAGCGGAGGCGUGUCCUCUGCGGUGGGACAAUUCGUCUCUACUGAUGGUCCGGCGAAGACUCCGCUGCUCGGUUCUGGUUUCCACACGAGUGUCGGGAAAGAGUCCCGAGCUCAGACGCUGCAAAGUGGGAGACGUCAGAUCCAUCACCUUGGCAACCAGCUGCAACUCAACCAGCACUGUCUGGACACAGCCUUCAACUUCUUCAAGAUGGUGGUGAGCCGACAUCUGACGCGCGGACGCAAAACUGAACACAUCAUCGCUGCCUGCCUCUACCUGGUGUGUCGCACUGAGGGGACGCCACAUAUGUUGCUGGAUCUGAGUGACCUGCUGCAGGUGAAUGUUUACAUCCUGGGAAAAACCUUCUUGUUGUUGGCUCGCGAGCUCUGCAUCAACGCUCCCGCCAUCGAUCCGUGUCUGCUGAUACCUCGCUUCGCUCACAUGUUGGAGUUCGGGGCGAAGACUCACGACGUUUCCAUGACGGCUCUUCGUCUGGUUCAGAGGAUGAAGAGGGACUGGAUGCACACGGGCCGCCGUCCCUCCGGACUGUGCGGCGCCGCCCUCCUGGUGGCGGCCCGCAUGCACAUGUUCCGGCGCACGGUGAAGGACGUGAUCGGGGUGGUCAAAGUGUGCCAGGCCACGCUGAGGAAGAGGCUGACCGAGUUUGAGGACACGCCCACCAGUCAGCUGACCGUCGACGAGUUCAUGAAGGUGGAUCUGGAGCAGGAAUGUGACCCGCCGUCUUUCAGCGCCGCUCAGCACAAGACCAAGAUGCAGCAGCUGGAGCGACAGCUGACCAAGAAGUUGAACGAGGUCGAAGGAGAGAUCAACUGCUACCAAGACCAGAUCGAGAGCGAGCUGGAGAAGAGCCGACCCAAACUCCGAGGCGUCUACGCCGCCUACGUGCACAAAAUGGACCCUCAGGACAAGGACAUCCCGGCGGGCUCGCCGCCCGACGCCGAAGAUCGCAACCUCCGAAGCGCCGCCCGCCACCUCACGCAGAACUUCCUGUGCCAAGUGAUGCGAGAAGAGGAAGGCCGGGGCCACAAGGACGCUGACGUCGGCGAGCCGGCCGAGGAGUCAGACGGGGGGCCGUCGUCACGGCGGCGGCUCCCCGUCGCCGGCGUUCUGGAAAGUUCUGCCGCUUUGGAGCUCCGGCAGAGCUUCCGGAUCUUCGGCGAGGACCGCGCGGACGGCGACGUGUCGGAUGGAGACGAGAACUCCGAGGGCGGGGACCUGGAUCUGGACGGUAUCGACGAGCGGGAGAUCGACAAGUACAUCCUGAGUGACAAGGAGGUCCAAGUCAAGACCCGACUGUGGAUGCAGCAGAACCGAGAAUACCUCCAAGAGCAGAAAGAAAAAGAAGAACGAAUUCGAAAAGAGAAGGAACAGGGGACGUACAAAGAGAAGGCCAGCAAGCCCAAGAAGAAGAAGAAGAAGAAGGACAGCGUGCAGGCGUCCACGGCCGGCGAGGCCAUCAAGAAGAUGCUGGAGAGGAAGAAGAUCUCCACCAAGAUCAACUACGACGUCCUCAAAGACCUCAACGGCGGCCAGACGCCGGGCGGGGGUCCCGACGAGACCGCCCCCGAGCCUCCCGCCGGGAAAAGACGCCGCCGCAAGAAGACGGACGCCGUCGCCGACAUGGCCGCCAGCGCCGGCGUCAUGGGGAAGAGGCUGGGCCCGCUCUUCUCGGGACCGCCCAACAAGAAGAAAAGUCCGGCCAAGACCGACUCGACCCGGCAGGUCGCUCCCGCCGCGACGGACGGCGCGGGAGCGGGAGCCCGAGCCGAGCCGCAGUCGGGCCGGGCGGAGAGGGAGGACGAGGAGAAGACCGACGAAGACGAGGAGGAGGACGACGAGCGUGCGAGCGCUCUGCGGCUCGCCGGACAUUUUGGCUGCGGCGCCGACGAGGACGACGAGAUCUUCUAGCUCCGUUCUGCGGCGCCUUUUUCCAACUUUUUAUGCCACUCAAUUGUGGAGGUGUGAAAUGUUGUAGUUUGGGAACACGCCGGCUGGCUUCCCGUAUCAUGUGGCCCCUCCCCCUUUGUGUCCGUGUCCAAUCUGCCCAAUCUGAUGUUGGCGUUUGUGUCCGACGACGCCGGCGUCGUGUCAUUCCUUCAAAGCCCAGACACGCAACAACAACAAUUGUUAACUAGCCCUCCAUAAUAAUGUACUUUAUAAAAGCUUACCGUGAUGACAUCAUUCAAUAGAAUUAAAGUUUUUAUGACACUGUA